AUUACCUGCUGAGAUAGGUCGUUUACGGCUAGUGGAGAAAGUCCCAUGGACAGAUCCCAGACGAGUAAUCGACGAUGUCCAUGAAGAGAGUAGAAUAUACUUGGCGAGAUGGGUGACCAUUCGAUAGAAGUGACAGGUUUCCUUGAGCUUGAUGGGGGAGUAAGAACGAUAGUAGGCCUGA